AUGGAUAAGUUUCAGUACGGAUUCACGAGAUUCGGUUUCAUGUCGAUUUGUAUCGGAUCGAUCGCACUUGUUUGUUUGAUCUCUCGAUUUUCCACUUCGUUCUUCGAUUAUUCUCUCCAGAAAUUCGAAUUCUCGUUCCCAGAAACUGAGCUUCGAAGAAACGUUUACACUGCUGGAGAAGAAAACAGAGUCGUUGAUUCUCGCGAUAUCGUUUCUCAACAGAUCCUCUCCAUCAGAUCGAGUAAUUCCACUAAGAAGCUAAGCAGGAGAAAAAUGGUGGAACAAGGAUUGGUUAAAGCAAGAGCUUCGAUUCACAAAGCAGCUACUAAUCGUAACACUACAGUGUUCAUCAACGAUCUUCCAAACCCAGAAAUCUACCGUAAUCCUUCAGCAUUACAUAGGAGUUACUUGGAAAUGGAGAAGAGGUUCAAGGUGUAUGUAUACGAAGAAGGCGAGCCACCGUUAGUUCACGAUGGACCGUGCAAGAGCGUAUACGCGGUUGAAGGCAGAUUCAUUAUGGAGAUGGAGAAAAGAAAGACCAACCAGUUCCGUACAUACGAUCCAGACCAAGCUCAUGUCUACUUCUUGCCCUUUAGUGUUGCUUGGCUAGUCAGAUACUUGUACCAAGGCAAUUUCGACGCAAAGCCUUUGAGAACUUUUGCUUCUGAUUACAUCAGAUUGAUAUCAACUAAUCAUCCUUUCUGGAAUCAAAGCAGUGGAGCUGAUCAUUUCAUGCUUGCUUGUCAUGAUUGGGGACCUCUCACUUCACAAGCCAAUAAAGAUCUCUUCAACAACUCGAUUCGAGUGUUGUGCAAUGCUAAUUCAUCAGAAGGGUUCAACACUAAAAAAGACGUGACUCUCCCUGAGAUUAAACUCUACGGCGGUGAAGUGGAUCCCCAACUCAGGCUCUCUAAAACCCUAAUGGCUUCCCCGCGGCCCUACCUUGCCUUCUUUGCGGGUGGUGUCCAUGGCCCGGUCAGACCGAUCCUUUUAAACCACUGGAAACAACGUGACCCGGACAUGCCUGUAUACGAAUACCUUCCUAAACACUUAAACUACUACGAUUUCAUGAGAAGCUCAAAGUUCUGUUUCUGUCCCAGUGGCUACGAGGUAGCUAGCCCUAGAGUCAUCGAAGCCAUCUACUCCGAGUGCAUCCCCGUCAUUCUCUCUGUCAACUUUGUCUUGCCCUUCAGUGACGUUCUGCGUUGGGAGACUUUUUCUGUACAGGUCAACGUUUCAGAUAUUCCGAGAUUGAAGGAGAUCCUUACCUCGAUCUCUGAUGAGAAAUACGAAUGGCUUAAAAGUAACUUGCGGUACGUGAGGAGACAUUUCGAGCUCAACGAUCCACCUAAGAGAUUUGAUGCGUAUCACUUGACACUUCACUCCAUUUGGCUGCGUAGGCUUAACUUGAAGCUCCCGUAA